CUCCCGCCCGUCCGCCCCGCGGCCUUCCUGGGCUGCGGCCGGGUUCAGAUCACUCACAACCCCCGCCCGCCCGCGGGCGUGCACUUUCUCCGGUUUCCCUCCAUUCCCGCCCACGCAGUUUGGGGACUGGGGAGGGAGAAGGGGGUGGGGCUCGCUGCGGUCACCUCCGGGACCUCUCCCGGCUCGCGGCCAGAUCCCCGCCUCGGCUGGGAGGGCGCCCGGCCUGCGGAGCCUGGCUGCGCGUUCUGGGCAAGCCCCAGCGGCGGGCGGGCUGGUGGCCUGGGUCCCGGCGGGGCGGAGCCAUAGGGAGCUGGGCGCUGACUCUCUCUCUCCCCCUCCCUCCUGUGUUCUGACCAGCCUUUUCCAGGUGUCGGACGUAAUCCAACUCCAGAGCCGGAUCUUUAGCCAUCGGGGUUCUCCGCAGAGACCGCAGGUGAGUGAGCAGACCCAGCCAUGCCGGUGACCGUGACCCGCACGACCAUCACGACCACCACGUCGUUAUCCUCAGGCCUGGGCUCCCCAACCAUCGUGGGGUCCCCUCGAGCACUGACCCAGCCCCUGGGCCUCCUCCGCCUGCUGCAGCUGCUGUCCACCUGUGUGGCCUUCUCCCUGGUGGCCAGCGUGGGCGCCUGGACAGGGCCCAUGGGUAACUGGUCCAUGUUCACUUGGUGCUUCUGCUUCUCUGUGACCCUCAUCAUCCUCAUAGUUGAGUUAUGUGGGCUCCAGACCCGGUUCCCCCUGUCCUGGAGAAAUUUCCCCAUCACCUACGCCUGCUACGCCGCCCUCUUCUGCUUGUCGGCCUCCAUCAUCUACCCCACCACCUACGUCCAGUUCCUGCCCCACGGCCGCUCCCGGGACCACGCCAUCGCUGCCACCACCUUCUCCUGCAUCGCUUGCGUGGCUUAUGCCACUGAAGUAGCUUGGACCCGGGCCCGCCCCGGGGAGAUCACCGGCUACAUGGCCACUGUGCCAGGCCUGCUCAAGGUGCUGGAGACCUUUGUGGCCUGCGUCAUCUUCGCCUUCAUCGGCGGCCCCUCCCUGUACCAGGACAAGCCAGCCCUGGAGUGGUGUGUGGCUGUGUACUCCAUCUGCUUCAUCCUGGCGGCCGUCGCCAUCCUGCUGAACCUGGGCGACUGCACCAACAUUCUGCCCAUCUCCUUCCCCAGUUUCCUGUCGGGACUGGCGCUGCUUUCCGUCCUUCUGUAUGCCACGGCUAUUGUGCUCUGGCCGCUCUACCAGUUCAGCGAGAGGCACGGAGGCCAACCCCGCCGCUAUUCCGACGUGGGCUGCAGCCACCGGCACGCCUACUACGUGUGCGACUGGGACCGCCGACUGGCCGUGGCCGUCCUCACGGCCAUCAACCUGCUGGCUUACCUGGCCGACCUGGUGUAUUCGGCCCGCCUGGUGUUCGUCAGGGUCUGAGGCUCUGACCAUGACCGGCGCUCUCAAGUCCCAUUUGUUGGCCGAGGUUUCUUUUCCCAAGUCCUCCUUUCCUCUUCCUGGCUGCCUCUCUCCUGCCUUUCCUGUUUCCUUCCCCAUCCAUCCUGCUCUUCACCAUUCCUUUAGCUUCCUGCCUCUCUCCUGUUGCUCUCGCCUUUCCUUCCUGUUUUGUUGGGUUGCCCACAUUCUGUUUUGCUUGUUUGCCUCUUUCUGUUUUCACCUCUUCUUUCCUCCCUGUUCUGUCCCAGCCGCCUCUUUCCCAGUCUCUUUCUUCAAAUUUCCUUGGGAGCUCUGAGACUUCUCUCUUCUCUGCCUCCACCCCACUGCCCCCCACUUCCAAAGGUGCUGAGCUCCGUGUCCCACUUCCCUCUCCUGCAGCUGUUCCCCCCCUGGGCCUCCCAAGGGGCCUCAUUGCCAAAGCAUGCCUACCCGCCCUGGCUGUGCCUUAGUUGGUGUGUACAUGUGUGUUUGUGGGGGUGGGGUGGGCAGCUUGAGAAUGGGGCUCCCUUUCUCCCAGUGUAGGGGGUGCGUACAGUGCAUGCCCCCUUUCAUCUCUGGAGGCCAAUGAUCUCCAGCGGGCAUGAGGCUUCAAGCACAGGGCCCGGGUCCAUGGGCCUUGCCUGGCCCCCAGCCUCGCCUGAGACUGGCUCCAGAACUUUGGCCAGGCUUACUAACAUCCCACUGCCUGGAGGCCAUCUUACAGGAAGUAAAGGGUGGAAGCCUCCCACCCAACUGCUCUCUGGGUUAUUGAAAAAGUGGUGGCCAGCAAAGAACCAUAUGGUCUUAAGGACGACUGUCUAAGUGUUAGUGGAGGGGGAGGGCAGGGAUAUGGCCCUCCCAUCUCAGUGUUAAAAACAGCAUAUACUGCCUUUGCUGGGAGAAGAGGUUGGCUACCUGCCCGCCUUAAAGGCAGGCAGUGUGAACCUGGGUUGGUUGGUUGGUUUGUUUUCCUUUUCUGGUCACAAGGGCAAAACGUCCUGGGUGGCCCUCUUCUAAAAGGGAAGUUUCUUUUCAAUGUGUUUUUCUUGGGGGUGGGUGGGUUGGGUAGGUGGGGGUGCCAUCGCCAUAGAGGAAUUGCUUGCUCAAGUGUGGUGCAUGCACGCACACACACACACACACACACACACACACGUGUGUUUCUGCAUGCUAGUUGCUUCCUGUAGCUGCUUCCUGCUUCUCUGGGACUCACAUGUGCAACGUCAUAUAUAUAAAUGUAUAAAUAUAUAUUUUUUAUUUUUUUUUAAUUCCCUGGAGCUUCUGGUUCCCAUCAGUCCCUGCCAUCAACUACAGAGGGAAGACUUGUCCAUUCCCUCACGCCCACAUCCAUGUUUUGUUUUUUUGUUUUUUUUUACAUCAAUAUAAAGAUAA